AUGGUGCACCGCGCGCCCGACUCGCGCCUCCUGUCCAGUCUAUCCUCCCACGAACAAACGUACCACAAACACCUGCUCCAGCUCGUCGACGUCUAUGCGCAGUCGGCACUGAGCGCGCUGGCUGCGUACGCCAGUGCGGCGCCGCCCGGCACGGCGCGGGGUAUUAUGGGCGUAGCGGGCAGUCUGGCGGGCGCGGACGAGGCGCUGAGGCGGUAUGCGGGUGCGGUGGACGAGUGGAGGAUGAAGCUGGAGGAGAUUCGGGAGGCGGAGGAGGAUGUUGGGAGGGUCGUUCGGGAUCGGGAUAUUCUAGUAACGCGUCUCAUCAAGAUCUCCAAGUCCCAAAAGCCUACGCGCGACUCGUUCAUAGCGACCAUCUCCCCGGCGUUCCCGCAAGAACCAUCAGCAUCAUCUUCAUCACUCGGCUCGCACUCUCCCAGUCUCAUCUCGGCCAACACGAAGCUGAGCGCUGCUCAGGCCGAGUUGCAAGCAUGCGAGACGACGCUGGCGUCCAAGGAGGCUGCGCUGGAUAGGUUGCGGGUCAGUGCGGUCAGGGAGGGGUUGCAGAGGAGGUGUAAGGCUAUGGUGGAGUGUGGAUGGGUGUGGGGGGAGAUGGGCAAGGAGGGCUUGAGAGCAUUGGAGGAGCUCGAGAAGGACAAGUCACCGGAGAAGCCUCUUCCGCAACCGAACGGGCAGGCAGGUUCAGACCUAUCCUCAGUCGGCCCAUCUCAAUCGGCAUCGCAGAUAUUCUCUCCAACCGGGGAGAACACCUCUUCUCGCCCAACCUCACCUUCCCCACAACUCCACAUCCCACCCGCGCACCAAAUCUCCGAAUUCGCCCAUCCACCCAUGGAACGCCGCAUCACAGAAGAGAACUCGCAAGACCUCCACGACUCCGAGCCCUCAGACGAAGAAACCGACGAGCGCGACGUCCAACUAGUCGAGAACAAGCCGUUCGAGCGCGACCCGGCCAAGAAGCCCACCGUCACCAUCGCGCCCGACGCACCGCGCGACGAGAGCCCGCAGCGCACCAAACGCUUCGGAUUCCGACCGCAGCACAACCGCGUGAACUCGGGCUCUACGGUCUCGGUAUCGCAGAGUAUGCCCGUCGUCAUGGAAGAGCGCGAACGGGAAAGAGGGCGCAAGUCGUCGCUCUUUGGACGGUUGUUCCGCGGGAGCUCGAACGCCGGUCUUUCGCCGUACGGCGCGAAAGAGAAAGACGGGAAGUGGAAGACGCGGACGUCUGAGAAUCUGAGGAGAGGUGGGAGGGGGAGGGGAGAUGAUAGUGAUUCGGAGCCGGAGCCCAGCACGUCUACGCAGCCUGCGCCACAUCGACCGCGGUUCGGGUUCAGACGCGCGAGCGAGGAUUCAUACGCGGGUGGUGCGCCUGCGAAAGUUAACCCGCGGCCUGGGCUUGGAGCUGCUCAUCCUGCCUUGGGCGGUCCCGGUUCUGCGCAACAUCGUCCAGAGCCGAAACCGAAGUUGAAGAAACGGAGGUCGAGGAAUACGCUCGUCGGCGAGGACCCGGGUGCAGCGGGAUGGAUGAGCGACGGCGGAGUCGCGGGCGUCGGCGCGCGAGCGAAGAAGGGCAGCGUCAAAGGCCGCGGUGCCGCCCCGUCGCCCGGACCGAGUCGCGCGAGCACAGUGCGCUCUGCGUCCGUCACGCCCGAUUCGAGGAGAAUGGCAGAUGGGCAUGGAGAUGUGAAUGUGACGGUUGUAAGGAGCGCGUCGACGGCGUCGAGGGCUACGGGCGGGAACGGGACGCUCGCAAGGCCGGUGUCGAGGGGCAAUUUGGCGAGGGGAUCGAUGCCGGCGUCUAAAUCCGCAGGCGCAGGCGCGAGUCUAUCGCGCGAGAGCUCGGUCGCUACGAGCACCAAAGGCGCGCGUCGAGCUUCGGGGCCGGCAACAUGGUCCAGCGGGUCCGCGCCUACUCCUUUCCCCUCAGCCGGCCCGUCAGCAUCUACAUCGCGAGCGCAGAACGCACAUCACUCGACGGAUGCGGGGCGCGGGGUGAGUUUGAUGGCUAUUGUUGAGGGCGCGGCUAGGGAACGGAGGGCUAGUUUGAGUGCGGCGCAGAAUGGGGGGAUGUUCUUGCCGAAGGCGAGCGAUAGGGCGGAGGUCAUCUUGCCGAGUGCGCCCAAACCGGCAGCGGCGGCGGCGGCGCCUUCGGUGAAGUCAAGUUCUGGACCGACGAGGCCGACGCCCGUCAAAGCGCAGACGGUCGGCGCUGCUACGGGCGUCGCGGCUGGUGCAUCACUGUACCUGCCUACAGCACCCAAACCGCAGAACGGGUCGGCAUUGUAUCUGCCCACUGCACCGAAGCUGCAUACGGACCCCGCGAGCAAGCCCGUGGCGACGACGUCGGAGAUGUUCCUCCCAAGCGCAGCGGCGUACACUUCUUCGCCGACGACAAAGAGUGGAAGUGGGAGUGGAGACGGGAUGUUCCUUCCCAGUGCGAGCGCGUACUCGAUUGAUCAUUCGCCGCCUAUGCGCGCUUCGACGUCCGAACCUGCGAAGUCUCGACACACGGCUUCUACCUCGACCUCCGCUUCUCAUCCUCAUCCUCAUCAACAACCGAACGGACACGCCUCAGGUAGCGGAACCAAGACUAGCGAUGGGCUGAUGCCGGCGCAUCUCGCUGCGAUACAUACGCCCGCGCAUAGAGCCAUCGCCAGUGCUAUACCGCUCAAGAGCGCGUUAAGGACCAGGUCACCGUCGCCUAUGCCGGCUGCUGCGAGUACGUCGACACCGCCACCUGCACCCGCGCCCGCGCCAGUGGCUCUAUUCGUGCCGAGCGCUCCGGGCCCGAUCGUGUUGCCGCCUACACCGCCGCCUGUCGUCGCAUCUGCGCCUCCCGUUAUCCCCUCGCACCCGCCCGCAACGAACUCACCCAAACCGGAGCCUCGGCUCGCAGCGCCCAGUCCGUACGAUCCCACGCGACGGCGAUCGAUGGCCGAUAGUGAGGUCUCGAGUAUAAGCUCGUACGAGACGGGGAGGGAAAGCUUUGAGAGCGCGUCGGAGGGCGAGGGGACAGUUGACGGACACGAGGGAGAUGGAGGGAGCUCGACGGGGACGCUGGAUGCUGUGCCGCCGCCACCGCCGAAGGAACCGAUUAUUGUUGCGCCUACGCCUGUCAAUGGGAGUACGUCGACGUUGGUGCGCGAGGUCCAGUCCGCCUCCUCUGCCUCCCCCUCUGCGUCAAAUGAGAAGAGCAAAGAGAAGGCUCAAGAGCAGGACGACUCGAUCGCGCAUCUCGCUGUGCCCGGUACUACGGAAAUGAUGCACGGCGGAUCAGACGUGAGCAGCGCGACGGCCAGCUCGAGCGGCACACUCCAGCUCGACUCCGAGGGGCGGCCUGUGCUCGAUACCGACGGCCGACCCGUGCGGAGGAAGAGCGUGCGCAUGAGCUUGAAGCCGACGUUUAGUCCUACGCCGCCUGCGCUCGAUGAGGACGAUUUGGACGCUUAUUGGUCGAAGCCAAGGGACGGUGGGGAGGACGAUGGAGAGGAUAGCGAGGAGCGGAGUAGUGAGGAGAUGGUUAAGGGUGGGAGUGGGGGCAAGGGGGGGAAGGGGAGGGAGGAGGAUAGGUGGAGGGAUAGUAGUGAUGAGGAUGAGACGUAUGUGAGGGCGAGGAUGGCGCUGAAGAAGCUGAAGAGGCGGUGGUAG